AUGAACCGAGACCGUCUGGAGAUCGUUCCACAACCUGAGCUGAACAUCCACGAAUUUGAUAUUCCCGCACGAGAUGGACAUUCUAUCUGCGUCCGAGCAUACAAACAAUCGGGUCAGAUCGACCUGCCUCUCCUAAUGUAUCUGCACGGUGGUGGCUUUAUUACAGGAGGCCUUGAAACAGACGAUGUCUCAUGUCGUGCGUUGGCAGCGCAGAUUCCCGUACUUGUAUUAAAUGUCGAAUAUCGACUGGCGCCAGAGAACCCAUUUCCAACUGGCCUUGAGGAUAGUUUUGAUGUCUUUCGCUGGGCUGUCUCUCACGGAUCCUCCCAGCUACCCAUUAACCUGCAGCGAGGUUUCAUUCUGGGUGGCACGUCUGCCGGCGCCAACUUUACAGCCGGCAUUGCCCAUCUUGCAGUGCAAGAAGGGUUGGCACCGGCACUGACGGGGCUAUUGUUCUUGGCAGGUAGCUUCUGUCAUCCCGAUGUACGCCCAGAGGAGUAUCGUGAUCGGAUCCUCAGUGUGGAUGAGAUCAACGAUGCGCCGGGACUCACACGAAAAUCCAUUGACUAUUUUGCGGCCAAGUAUGGAGCUCCGCCAGAAGACAAGCGUCUCUCGCCACUUCUUUUUGAAUCGCAUGCCAAUCUGGCGAAGAAGGCUAUCUUCUAUGUUUGUGGAUGGGAUCCCCGACGCGAUGAGGCGUUGUUGUUCGUGGAAUUGUUGAAGGAGGAAGAAAUUGAUACAAAGGCGUAUGUCUAUCCGGGACUGCCACAUGGCUUCUGGACAACUUGCCCUGACCUAGAUGUACCGAAGGAUUGGCAGAGGGACUUGAUCGAAGGUGUUCGAUUCCUCUUGGAAUAG